AUUAAAAAUCUCAAGCCUUCAUCGGGAAAUUUUCAUCUUCAGUUUCAAGAUCCUAACUUGUUUUUCAUCUUUAAUUCCUAUUUUUCUUCGAACCCAUGUCGAGUUCUUCGGGAUUCUCUCAGGUUUCUUCUCAAAGAUCGCCGUCGAACUCGCCGGAGAAGCUCGGGUUUGUUCCCGCCGGUACGAUGCUCGUUUCCGGCAGGGAUUUGAAUCUGGGUUUCUCGCCCAAUCUCCGGCUAAGAACUGGGUCGGUGCCGGAGUUCUUCCACUCGCCGGAAAAAAUGGCGAAUCGGAAGUCUUUGGAUUUGUUUCCUCAAGAGGCUGGAUUUGGUAACUCAAACGACGUCGAUUCAAGGGUUUAUAAAUCUGCUACAGCGGCGCCUCUAACUUCCCAAAUGACAAUUUUUUACGCCGGCCAAGUUUUUGUGUUCGAUAACUUUCCGGCGGACAGAGUCGGCGACGUUAUGUUUCUAGCCAGUCGAGAGAGCUCAAAAUUAAAAUUCCCUACAGCCGCCGCUGUCGCCGCCAUCGCUGCUGGCCAGCCCGUCUUGGUCGGAACUCCAGCCGAUUCUUUGAGCUCCACUUCCCCUGUUUCCACUCGGAACCAAACUCCUCCGCAGCCACAGCCCGUUCCUGGAGCUCUUCCGAUGGCUCGUAAAGCUUCGAUUCAGCGUUUCUUGGAGAAGAGAAAAGACAGGCUAACUCUGAGAGCGCCGUACCAGAGCAGCUGCCCCGCACCGAGCAAGAUCGCCGGCGAGAAUUCAUGGCUGGGUUUGGCGGUGCAGCCGCAAGAUUAGUAUUAAGAAUUAAGAAAUUUAAGUAGAAAGAAAGAAAUUAAAGAAGAAGUUUUUUGUUUUUAGAUUAAAGAAUGGAGUUUGUUGCCAUUUUUGCUUAGGCCUCUGUUCUCUUUUUCUUUUCUUUUUGCUUGUUGCGGAUGAAAAGCUCUGUUUUACGGAGGCCAUGGUUGCUUUUCUUCUUAACCUUAUCGAUUCCUUUGGUCGAUAUCUUGUAAAACUAAUAUUUCUUACUUUUUAUUCUUUAAUAUUCACUAAUAUUUUCUUUUUGUAA